UUACGGUUGGGCUUGAGACAGCCUUGGUGCUAUGUGAUCGAAAACGAAACAGAAACGAUGGCUUUGCUGUGUGGUUUAAACGUGGCUCGCUUAAUUGUUGUCAACAAAUAUUCUGUAUAGCUCAGUAUUACUACUUGUGCGCUUGGUUUUAGAAGUAGGUCUAUCGCCUGUUCCAAAAAGAAUACACGCGGUCCUGUUUGUUGCAGUAGGCCAUGGCAGAAACUCCGUUUGAGGACCUCAUCACAGAUGUCACAAUCCUUGUUGAUGAAACUGACUACACGGACAAAAGUCAGCUAAAGGAGAUUCUCCGAGAUUCUCAUUCAUCAACUGGUACAACACGUUCCUCUUACAAAAUAAGUGGCUCUGAUCAGGAAAUAGAAGAGCUUUUCAUGAAGCUGUGCACCCUGGGGCGUCCCAUCAAGGCAGUUGUGGCCGCACCUGUCAUUGAAUACAUCAAGAAAAGGCAUUCUGCGGAACUAAAUAAAAUGAAAGGAAGCCACGUCCUCACAGAGGAACUCCUCAGCGCAGAAACAGAUAGCAUAACUAUGAUCUUUAAACCCUUCAACAGUCGUGUUAGGGAAUCUCGCGUGCGUCUGGUCAGAGAGCGAUUUGUCACAUUCUACCAAAGAAUUGCCUCAAACCUGCAUGUGACGAAUGUGGACAUCAAACAAGACCAGUGCAGAGACUUGCAGAUACAAUUUCCAGAGCUUGUUAUCUAUCCCCAACCGUUUGGGGCCACAGUAAGAGGAUCUUAUGCUAACAUUGUGUCCUUGCAGGAUUUCAUUCAACAGAAAUCCUCAGGCUUGAGAGAUAGGCAGGCAAGGAGGGCGCUUGAAGCACCAAUGCAUUUCACCAACAACCAUGUCCAUAGCUCUUCUUCUGCUAGCUGUGAGCAGUUAGAUGAAGAGGAAACAUGUGUCAUUUGUAUGGAGGUCAUCCGCAAGGCAGUGAAAAAGACUCUGAACUGCAAACACUCAUUUUGCAGGGGCUGCUUGAAAAAGGCUUUUGUUUACAAACCUGUUUGCCCUACAUGUGGAGCCCUCUAUGGCACUCUAAAGGGAACACAACCUGAAGGAGGUGAAAUGAGUUGCAGUAAUCAAACAUCUUCUUUGCCUGGUUAUGAGAAGUAUGGGACUAUCACUGUGCGUUACAAUAUUCCAAGAGGAAUUCAGAAGGAGGACCACCCUAACCCAGGACAGACCUACGAAGGAGCGUCGCGCGUAGCUUACCUGCCUGACUCACCCGAAGGACAGAAAGUUAAGGAGUUACUCCAACGAGCUUUCAAGCUAAGGCUCAUUUUCACUGUGGGACAAUCCUCCACCAGCGGCAGAGACAACGUGGUGACGUGGAACGACAUUCACCACAAAACCUCCAUCAGCGGAGGACCCACUUGCUAUGGUUACCCAGAUCCUGAUUAUCUCAAGCGUGUUCAAGAGGAACUGAAACUGAAAGGAGUUGAAUAAUGAGUCUAACAGACGGCCAGCAACUUACAGAACAAAGCUUUAUGCAAGUUAAAAUUUAAUGAACAUAAACAAGUACAUAAGCUACUAUUUUCAUAACUGUAAUUGUAAAAUGCCAAAAUAAAUUAAUUUGCAAAACAAGGGAAACUUCAUAAAAACUUAAUUGUAAAAUUGCCUUGUUGCUUCGGCAAUAUUUACAUUAUAUACAAUGUGUAUUUUCUUCCUUUUACCAUUACUCCAUAUUUGUAAGGCACCAAAUGCUAACACAGCAUAAUUGUAUAUACUUGUGCACAAUAAAAAGUAAAAGGUACUGCUUGACAAUGUAGAAUGCUAGCAACAAUCAUAAAAGGAAUGCAAAAAAAGCCUGUACAUUAAGGACUGCUUAGUUUGUUUUUUGCUAUUUCAAGGGGUUAAAUUUUUUGAUAGUGUAAAUGGUGAAUGCUUUAUGUAUUAAUUGGAAAUAAUUUUUUCAUUCACCGUAUUGAAAUAAAGAUGUUACAAUUCUAUUUGUGAUUCGUUUCUUGACAUGAUAGGUGUUUUGCAUUCUUUAACAUGCUCUGAAAACUGUGUGAACUGAAUGUGACGGAUGACAUUUGAUUCCAUCGUGAGUGAUCUUCAAACUUCAUAUCUUUUUUUACAUUAUAUAUAUAUAUGAGUUACUUUUUUAUUAAUUUUUUAAAAGAAAAGGUUUACUAUAUUGCUCAUAAAGAAUGGCAACAGGUGCCAAGACUGAUUUUUGACUGUGGCGUCUAGUUGGGGGGUGUGUGGUAUGUUUUAAAAUAAAUAAAUUAUACUGGGGAAAUGUAGCCACUUAAAUUGUUUACCUGUUCCAAAUGUAAUGUGAAGAUUAUAUAAGGAUCAUAUAAAUAUUCAACAGUGUAUAAGGUUAUGAUUCACUAUUUUCUGGAAUAGUAUGACCUUGCUUUUGGUUUUCUUCGUCAAAAUUUGUGACUGCCCAAAAAUGUAUAUAGGUAGACAGAUAAAACACAAUGAGCAUAAGUGGCAUACGCAGUUUUCUGACUUGUCUUUAAGCACAACAAUAUAUAAAACCACUAGCAGAAAACACCAAUUGUUUUUUUUUUAUAUAAUAGAACAAAAACAUUAUCGAGGGUGAAAGGAUCCCUUUCAGAAUGCUUGUUUGUUUAACAAGGGACUUGAAGCCAGCCAAAAUAAAUGUUUAAAAUGCAGUACAAUAGGCUGCUGCCUUUUAUUGACUUUGAUUCUACAUUUCAGGUGUUGACAUGAUAGAUGGACUGUAAAAUGUUUGACAGGAAUGUUUGCAGCCAAUCUGCAUUACGACCAAUCCAGCCAACAAAGGCCACCUUAAAUGGAUUUUCUUUUCUAGAUCAUGAUUUGUUUGAACAAAUUUUACAUCAGAAAAAUACAGUGCACGAAGCACCUUCUAUACAUAAAGAACAUUGUACUUUAAAGAGUACAACUCUUUGUAAACAAGGUUGGACUGUGGCAUAUUUUCUGAACACAAACCACCCUUUUCAGCACUUAUUUUGAAAAGCAAAGCUCUCAAAAUAAUAUUUUAUUUGAAAUUGUUAUUGUCUUCCAAACACCAAAAAGGUUGAUUGUGACAUAAACCUAAAGAGUUUCAUUCUACAUAGUUGCUCUGUUGUGAAUGAAAAGUGAAAUGUUCCAAUGUGAAAGCCUUGUAUUUAAAAGUAUAACCUAUACCCUUCUUUCUCGUUCACAUGUAUUAAAGUCAACUGGGAGUUGACUGUGGGGUCAAGGGAUAUCUCCAGGUCCGGACUCAAAGAUGCAGGGUGCCGGAUCAUCCUGUGGCGGUCUGGUUACCAAUCACACGGAGGAUCUCGCGGUGGAUGCAAUUGUCUUGAGUGUUGAGGCUAGAGUCUCCAACUUGUCCAUCUUCAUAGCUUCAUUGUGAGAAUAAAAUCAACAUUGGCAGUUGAAAUUCUGUUAUUUGAAAUUAAUAGUAAAUGCAAGACAUGUCAUAGAUGAACCCAUCAAUUCACUCAUUCAAUCAUUCACUCAUUCAACUUACACAAAGAAAAACCUUGUGCAAACAUGGUCGGUGCUGGGAACGACCCAGAUGUCCCCAUGCUUGUGCAGUUCAGGAGAAGUAAUCACUGAAAAAGUCAGAAUAAUCUAAUUUAAGAAUGAAAUUUAAAGACAACAUACAUCCUGACGUUAUGUUAAAGCCGCUGUAGGUAUUACGAUGCCAGAGAUGCAAAGAGAGAUCAGAAAAGAGCAGAAGAGAGCAAAAAUAAAAAUAGUACCCUCCCUCUGCUCCCUCCCGCCCUAUGUUUUGCCGCCAUUGAGAGUUGCAUUUCAUGCACCUUUGGUUGCCAGGCAAGCUGUAGAGACGCCCUUAUUGGUCAGAAAUUGAAGAAACUGUCUCAUACAGAUGCAAGUUGAAACAGAUAUUCUCACUGCGCAUUCCACUCAAAGACAGGUGGCUGUGCCAUUUCUAACAAAUCUCCCUCUAACAAUAGCUCUUUAAUCGUACAUACAGCACCUUUGAUUUAGAGUGUAUCAAUUCCCGAAAACUUGGUAAGUGAGUGUUUACAUGAAAAAAUAACAUUAGAUAAGGAUUGGGUUAGGUGUCCUCAACAGGUUUCGCUCUGGCAAGAAACCGGUUUCGAUGUUUACCUUGCAGUUUCAUGGACUCAUGGUUACAAUCAUGUUUGUCUUACCUUCACAUAAGGCUAUGCACUUCAGAUUACGACUCUGCAAGAACUGAGGCUGCUGUCCUUUCUUUUGUGACUGCAAAUAAUAAAACAAACAUGCAAAAUGAUGAAGCCAUUUGUCAAUGUUUCAAAUUCCUCAAUUGUGCUCCUAAGAAAAGACCAAUAUUAAAGGCUGGACACCUGCAAAUGGAUGUUGGUCUUGCUGCUUGCUGCCAUUUCAUCCUUUGAAAUAACUUUUUGUUGUCUUUUGUUCAUCCCUGUUUAUUAAAAGAUGAAGGUGAUGCAAGUAAUUUCAAACAAUUUUCAUAACAAUCUAUAUUCCUGGCUAUUUUCCUUAUUGUUCUUUUCAUGUCUUGGUGGUGUCAAAAUCCCCUUUGACUGUCACCUACAUGAUUUUCUCAAUACUCUCUACUUCUGUUCCCAGUGAAUAUAUGGUUACCUGGAUGUUUCCAUCCAGCAACAUUGUGUAUGGGGUAGAGAUAACUUAAGUCUCUAUCACCCACCUUUAAGUAAAUCAACUAUUCAGUUCAUUGCAUUGUCAACUUGUGUUCAUAUAUUCACGCUCAAAGUACGCUUUCCACUAAGUGCUGGGAGGCAUUUCGGUUGUUACCUGAGUAACCAAAGGAUAUGCUUGAUAAAGGACUGAGAUAUAUUCCAUUCCCAUAGAUGGCACCAUGUAGCUGUGUGAAAACAUAAUUGUUGGAUUUUAGAGGGUCACAUAGAUAAAGAAAUACAAAUUGUAAAAGUCAAGCGUGAGGAGAAUGUAAGUACCUGAAGUCUGGUGUUGGAGGCCACAACCAGUCCAUUCCUCAGAAUAGAGUGCCAGUUCUCUAUGUGGGAGCCACUAAGCAGAUGCAGUUUAUUACUUCUACUUAGAGAGUAACCAAACACUUCAGUGCGAGAGCCAUCUUAGUUGAACACAAGUUAAUGCCAUUGCUUUUGUGCCAGGUGAUGUGACUUGCCAAUUAAACUAGGUUGUUUCGUUUUAGAUUCAUAUUAUUCAAAAUCAAUUUGAAACUGGGAUUCGAAAAGACAAUAAAUCACACAGUUAAAUUUGUGUAGUUGUGGCUUAUUUUGAGAAAUUACCAAGAUGGUGUCUAUGCCAAUGGAAGGCUGUUUUUUUGUUACAACACAAAGUGGGGUCUGUAAUGUGUACAUUGUAUUUACUGUGUUGCAUUCUUGCAUUCUUGUCGUUGGAUACAAAUACUAAUAUAAAAUGGUGGUCAAGAGAUGUGACUAUGUAACCAUGGCGUUCAUGCCAAUCAGAACGGAACACUUCUUAUUCAGCAUUGCUAUAUAACAGUAUGUGGUUCAUUUAUUUUGUUUUAUUUGUCUAGCUAAACCUUCACAAUUUUUACACUUAAAUAAAGUUAUGUUUUUUG